GGGGGCUCCACCCGCAUCCCCAAGGUGCAGAAGCUGCUGCAGGACUUCUUCAACGGGCGCGACCUCAACAAGAGCAUCAACCCGGACGAGGCGGUGGCCUACGGGGCGGCAGUGCAGGCGGCCAUCCUGAUGGGGGACAAGUCUGAGAACGUGCAGGACCUGCUGCUGCUGGACGUGGCGCCCCUGUCGCUGGGCCUGGAGACAGCCGGGGGCGUGAUGACGGCCCUGAUCAAGCGCAACUCCACCAUCCCCACCAAGCAGACGCAGAUCUUCACCACCUACUCGGACAACCAGCCGGGGGUGCUGAUCCAGGUGUUCGAGGGCGAGAGGGCCAUGACGAGGGACAACAACCUGCUGGG